AACAUUUGCCUUCAAGCAAAGUCCACAGAAAGCAAAGCCUAAGCAAAGGGCGAUGAACUUCACUAAUCAAUUCCUGUUCUUGAUGAUGCAUUUCAUCGUGGUUCUGGUUUGUGGUACUAAUCAUCCAGGGGUACGAUUGGAUAUCCAAGAUAAACAUGUGAUAAUGGAUAAUGGCAUAGUCCAGGUCACCUUAUCAAAUCCCGAAGGAAUUGUCACAGGAAUUCAAUAUAAUGGACUCGACAAUUUGCUUGAAGUUCUUAACGACGAAUCUGAUAGAGGAAUGGAAGCCACAAAUUUUACGGUGAUAGUGGAAAAUGAAGAACAAGUAGAGGUAUCUUUCACGAGAACAUGGAAUCUCUCUCUUGAGGGGAAGCUUGCGCCACUCAAUAUUGAUAAAAGGUUUAUAAUGCUUAGUGGUUCUUCGGGGUUCUACACCUAUGCCAUUUACGAGCAUUUGGAAGAAUGGCCUGCUUUUGAUCUUGACAAUACUAGGAUUGCGUUUAAGCUUAGGAAAGACAAGUUCCAUUACAUGGUUAUAGCGGACAACAGGCAAAGAUUUAUGCCUCUGCCGGAUGACCGGUCACCGGAAAGAGGGGAAGUUCUCGCAUACCCUGAGGCUGUUCGGCUUAUCAAUCCGGUGGAGCCGGAGUUCAAAGGAGAGGUAGAUGACAAGUAUGAGUACUCGUGCGAGAGCCGAAACAACCGUGUUCACGGUUGGAUUUGCAUCGAUCCAUCCAAUUCCAUUGGAUUCUGGCUCAUUACGCCAAGCUAUGAGUUCCGAUCUGCUGGACCCCUCAAGCAGUAUCUUACUUCCCAUGUGGGCCCAACCACACUUUCUGUAUUUCAUAGCACGCAUUAUUCAGGAAUAGAUCUGAUAAUGAAAUUUGGACCCAAUGAGCCGUGGAAGAAAGUCUAUGGGCCCAUAUUCAUAUACCUUAAUUCUCUGUCUAACGGGUUUAGCCCCGUCAGGCUUUGGGAGGACGCCAAACAACAGAUGGUGAAUGAAAUUGAAACCUGGCCAUAUGCAUUUCCAGCUUCCGAGGACUUUCUCAAAUCUGACCAACGAGGUAAAGUUCAAGGUAGAUUGCUUGUCAGAGACAGGUACAUGAGUGAUGCAUUCAUCCCAGUCAACGGUGCUUCUGUGGGAUUAGCAUCCACAGGAGAGGUUGGAUCUUGGCAAAGAGAAUCCAAGGGUUAUCAAUUUUGGACCACUACUGAUGAUAAAGGCUAUUUCUCAAUUAUUAACAUACGCCCUGGGAACUAUAAUCUGUACUCCUGGGUCACUGGAUACAUUGGUGAUUAUCAAUAUGAAUGCGUGAUCAACGUAACUUCAGGUUGUGAAAUGAAUGUGGGUGAGCUUGUUUAUGAGCCACCAAGAGAUGGCCCUACGUUGUGGGAAAUAGGCAUCCCUGAUCGUUCAGCUGCUGAGUUCUAUGUUCCUGAUCCAAACCCCAUGUACAUUAACAGACUUUAUAUCAACCAUCCAGAUAGGUAUAGGCAAUAUGGUUUGUGGGAAAGGUAUGCUGAUUUGUAUCCAAAUAAAGACCUAGUUUACACUGUUGGUGUUAGUGACUACAGAAAAGAUUGGUUUUUUGCUCAGGUUAACAGGAAGAAAGACAAUAACACUUACCAAGGAACCACAUGGCAAAUUAACUUCAAGCUUGAUUAUGUAAAUACCAAUGGAACCUACAAAUUGCGAUUGGCUUUAGCAUCUGUACAUUCUGCUGAAUUACAGAUUCGGAUAAACAAUUCAACAGCAGACCCACCUUUAUUUUCAAGUGGGUUAAUUGGAAAGGAGAAUACCAUAGCCAGACAUGGAAUUCAUGGGCUCUACUGGCUAUUCAGCAUAGAUGUGCAAGGCACUCUUCUGGCGCAGGGGAACAACACCAUUUUUCUAACGCAAGCAAGUAACACAGGUCCUUUUAUAGGAAUUUUGUAUGAUUAUAUUCGUUUAGAACGACCCCCUUAUACAAAUAGUGAAGAUCAAAACUAA